AUGAACUUUCAAUCAUGUUAUUUUUGGCUUACUAUUGUACUUCUUUUCUUAUCAUCAUUUGUGACUUAUACUGAGCAAGCACAAACCGAUCGAAAAUGUCUUGCAACAUGUUUGGAUUAUUGUACAAAUGAUUCGCAAAGUGGUAUUCCUCCUGACCUAUGCAGUAACGUUUGCAUGACAACAUGCUAUUCGGCUCGUGGUGAUCUUGGUUCUGAUGAUUCAAUUGAAAAGAAAUGA